AUGUCUCGAGCUCAAGACGCCGUUGGUCUGCUGCGUGGCCUUAAACUGGUAGCGGAUGCAGCAGGUAAAUCACAGGGCGAGUAUGCCAAACAUUUGUGGGCCAACUCCAGUGUGCGGGAGGUGCUCGAACAACAACUCGCGACGGGUGAACAAUCCGUGAAGCAAAUUAUUAACAAUCCAACAAAAGAGCUCGAAAAGGCUGGAGGUAUUCUGCGAGAAACGAUCGAACGUACCGCGGUUGUUGCAGAGGGCCUGCGUCAGCUUACUGUGGCUACAAUGCCAAAAGUUGGACCGCUCUCGGCAGAUGCCUUCAUGGGUGCCGGCAAUCGUCCCGCUGGUUCCACAGGCGCGCCUAGCUACGAACCAUUCAAUGACAUUGGUAGCCUGGAUAUCUCCAAGAUAACAUUGAAGGAGCUGGAAUCGAUUCUUUCCGAGCACAGCAAAAAUCGCGAAGUAAAAUUAAGUUUAGACAGUAACAAGCCGUCCCCCAGUAAGAGAGAUGAUCCAAAAGUGGUCACUGCCGCACCCGCUCUGACAAAAACUGAUCUACCUCUAGAACGACCACGUGAUACGAAACCUCUUACCCAGGAUGUGGAGCAGAUACAAAAGAUGAUGAAUUUUGUUUCCACGUAUGAUAAGAACCCAACAGCAAAGCCACAGCCAUCAGCUCCCCAAGCGAAUCCGCAACAACCGAUCGAUCUACCUCAGCUCAGUACCGUUGCGAAGCAACGCAAGGUUCCUUCGUCUCGAGUGGCGCGUAUGGCAUCCUUCGGUGGACUUUUUGCUGGCUUGGGACUGGGUACGGUUAAUGAACUCGCCAAAGGUGCACUCGGAAUAGGAGGCACGUUGGACAUGAAGCAAGCUCUCCUAAGUCCCAGCAACGCGGAACGUAUCGUAGACACGCUGUGCCGAGUGCGCGGUGCAGCACUGAAAUUGGGUCAGAUUCUCAGCAUCCAGGACUCAAACAUUGUGUCUCCCCAGCUGGUGAAAGCGUUUGAACGGGUGCGACAAGCCGCCGAUUACAUGCCAGAUUGGCAGGUGAAGAAGCAACUCGUCGCCGAGCUCGGCAAAGAUUGGCGUACGAAACUGCAGAGCUUCGACCUGAAACCGUUCGCCGCCGCCUCGAUCGGACAGGUGCACCGAGGCGUCCUGACCGACGGUGUGACGGAGGUGGCCAUCAAAAUUCAAUACCCAGGCGUGGCGAAAAGCAUCGAAAGUGACAUCGACAACCUGGUGUCGAUGUUGAAGGUUUGGGAUGUGUUUCCGGCGGGCGUUUUUAUCGACAACGUGGUGGCGGUUGCGAAGCGGGAACUUGCCUGGGAGGUGGACUACACGCGCGAAGCGGAAUACACGGAAAAGUUCGCCGAAAUGAUUCGACAUAUGCCCGAGUAUCGAGUACCGCGCGUUAUCAAGGAGCUGACAUCGAAAAAUGUGCUAACCACGGAGCUCGUUCCGGGAGUUCCCAUGGAUCGGUGCUUUGAUCUAAGUCAAGAGCAUCGUGAUCAUAUCGCACAUUGCGUCAUGCAAUUGUGCCUGAACGAACUGUUUACCUUCCGGUGCAUGCAAACAGACCCGAACUGGUCCAACUUCCUUUACGACGCCUCCACGAAGCAGCUGAUGUUGAUUGACUUUGGUGCGACACGCUUCUACCAGAAAGCAUUCAUGGACGAUUACUUAAAGGUUAUUAUUGCGGCCACGAAAAAUGAUCGACAGAAAAUACUGGAACUGUCCCGCAAGAUGGGUUUCCUUACCGGCUACGAAACAGCGGCGAUGGAAAAUGCUCACAUUGACGCCGUGCUCAUCCUGGGCGAGGUGUUUAGCGUGCCGGGCGAGUUUGAGUUCGGUCGCCAGAGCACAACCAAGAAAAUCGCCGCCCUCGUGCCGGUGAUGAUCGCCCACAGGCUGUGCCCACCGCCGGAAGAGAUCUACUCGUUGCACCGAAAGCUAUCCGGUGUGUUCCUGUUGUGCGCUCGGUUGAACGCCAAAAUCGACUGCAAGCCGAUGUUCCGCGAGAUCACGCAGAACUACAAGUUUGACUAAGUACGACUCCUAGGUGUGUUCGUUUGCUACGAUUCGAGAAGAAUAAAACCAACCGAAUCCGUUUUCUGUUGAGAUUUGUAUUAUUUAAAAGGCACUAGUUCGUUGCACAUCUCAUAUGUUGAUG